ACUUCUCACUCGUCACCUCUUCGUCCAUCUCCUGCCUCGCCUUCUCAUUGCAUUGCAGCAGUUGUUAAGCUUGCAUUGCACAGAGAUCGGCGUUGGAGUUGGGGGAGCUCAAAAGAAGGGGAGCCCCAAGAAUAGUGUGUGUCACUGACUGUGCUCGGCUCGGCGUGCUAUUUUGGGACAAAGGCGGGACCUCGGUCGGGGGUGGGUUCUUGAACCGGCCGUCGAUGGCGCCGUGGAGCGGCUUGUGGGGCGGCAGGGCCGUCGUCGCUGGCGGCGACGCCUACCCCGGCACGCCGGUCGUCAUCAAGAUGGAGAACCCCAACUGGUCCAUCUCCGAGAUCGACAACGACGACGAGUUCUUGGCCGGCGGGUGGAGACGGAGGAGGGGCAAGAACGCCAAGCAGAUCACCUGGGUGCUGCUGCUCAAGGCGCACCGAGCCGCCGGAUGCCUGGCAUGGCUCGCCUCCGCGGCCGUCGCGCUCGGGGGCGCGGCGCGGCGCCGCAUCGCGGCCGGCCGGACGGACUCGGACACUGCAGAGGAGCAGGAGGAGGGCGGGGUGCCCGCGCCGCGGUCGCGGUUCUACGCGUUCAUCAAGGCGUUCCUCUUGCUGUCCCUGUUCCUAUUCGCCGUCGAGCUCGCCGCCUACGUCAAUGGCCGGCGCCUCGCCGCCCCCGCCGUCUCAUUCGACUCGCUCCACGCGUCUUGGGUGCGCUUCCGCGCCACCUACGUCGCCCCGCCGCUCCAACUCCUCGCCGACGCCUGCGUCGUGCUCUUCCUCGUCCAGAGCGCCGACCGCCUUAUCCAGAGCCUCGGCUGCGUCUACAUUCACCUCAAGCGCAUCAGGCCCAAGCCCGUCUCGCCGGCAUUGCCCGACGCAGAGGACCCCGACGCCGGCUACUACCCCAUGGUGCUCGUCCAGAUACCAAUGUGCAACGAGAAGGAGGUGUAUCGGCAGUCAAUUGCGGCGGCCUGCAAUUUGGAUUGGCCGAGGUCCAACUUCUUGGUGCAGGUGCUGGACGACUCCGAUGACCUGAUCACGCAGGCAUUGAUCAAAGAGGAGGUGGAGAAGUGGCAGCAGUAUGGGGCGCGCAUCGUGUACCGCCACCGCGUGCUCAGGGAGGGGUACAAGGCCGGUAACCUCAAGUCCGCGAUGAGCUGCAGCUAUGUCAAGGACUAUGAGUAUGUGGCGAUCUUUGAUGCCGAUUUCCAGCCCCACCCUGACUUCUUGAAGCGCACCGUGCCGCAAUUUAAGGACAAUGAGGAUUUGGGGCUGGUGCAAGCGCGAUGGACGUUCGUGAACAAGGACGAGAACCUAUUGACACGGUUGCAGAACAUUAACCUGUGCUUCCACUUUGAGGUGGAGCAGCAGGUGAACGGGGUGUUCAUCAACUUCUUUGGGUUCAAUGGCACUGCUGGGGUGUGGAGGAUCAAGGCGUUGGAGGAUUCAGGUGGGUGGAUGGAGCGGACAACGGUGGAAGACAUGGACAUUGCGGUCCGUGCGCAUCUGAAGGGCUGGAAGUUCGUCUUCCUCAACGAUGUGGAGUGCCAAUGUGAGUUGCCAGAGUCAUAUGAGGCUUACAGGAAGCAGCAGCACCGGUGGCAUUCAGGCCCAAUGCAGUUGUUUAGGCUAUGCUUGCCGGACAUCAUUAGAUGCAAGAUUGCAUUCUGGAAGAAGGCCAACUUGAUCUUCCUUUUCUUCCUGCUACGCAAGCUCAUCUUGCCCUUCUAUUCCUUCACGCUCUUCUGCAUCAUCCUCCCAAUGACAAUGUUUGUGCCUGAAGCCGAGCUCCCCGUUUGGGUCGUCUGCUACAUCCCAGGCCUGAUGUCCUUCCUCAACAUCCUGCCCACGCCGAAAUCUUUCCCAUUCAUCAUCCCAUACCUCCUCUUCGAGAACACCAUGUCCGUGACCAAGUUCAACGCCAUGAUCUCCGGCCUGUUCCAGCUCGGGAGCGCCUACGAGUGGGUGGUGACCAAGAAAUCGGGCCGGUCAUCGGAUGGUGAUCUCAUCGUGCUGGCGCCCAAGGAGCGGAAGCAACACAAAGCAUGCUCGACGCCGGCAGCUAUCAAGGAGCAAUCCAUGCCGAAGCAGCCUGCUCCCAGAGAGGAGCCCAGGAAGAAGUACAACCGAAUAUACAAGAAGGAGCUUGCGCUGUCACUGCUGCUCCUGACCGCCGCGGCUCGGAGCUGGCUGUCGAAACAAGGGAUGCACUUCUACUUCCUCCUGUUUCAGGGCAUCUCGUUCUUGAUGGUCGGCCUCGAUCUCAUAGGCGAGGACGUCAAAUAAACUGUAGGCAUGAACGGCGAUAUCAUGGUCAUGGAUGGUGUUGUAGGCUUGUAGCUUUGCCGAGGGAUAGGAUCUAGAUUUAGGAACUGAAUACCAACCAGGUUGAGGAUUAGUCUCUUCACAGCAGAUAUAGCUCUCUUCUUGGCUUGUAAAUUCGCCUAGCUGUUCCAGGCCUCACAAUUCUUUUGUAUCAAGUUGCCGAUGCUCAUGUGAGGU